GUUGCAACACGGAUCGCGGCAAAUGGGGAGCGUUCUGGCUCGCAACAGAGAGGUUGUAGUCCUAAUGAAGCGGAGAAUCCCGACAUCAUAGGCCUUGAAAAACAGAAAGCUGAACAAGGACGAGGACAAGAACUACAACCUUGUGAAGAUUCUGGGAGUCAUGUUCGGAAGUAUUCUACAGUCCUGUCGAUUCUGAGAAAACAGCUUGCUGAACAAAAAAUGAAAACACGUGAAAAACGUGCGGCCGAGGAAGAAGAGGGUGAUGUGGAUUUAAGGCUCAGACUUGUUACCACUUUCUGGUUCCGGUGCUAAUGUGCGAAAGACCAUGAUUAUUUGUGUACGAGCGCUCCACAGCUGUAAAGAUAGAGCAAGACCUUGCUCAUGGGCUAGUCUUGCUUUUUCUCCCACCCGUUUUUCACUCACUGCUCCUCGGCGUGAGCUCAGCCCUACCCUCUUACGCAUUUGUUAUCCGCUCAAUGAAGUAUCUGACGUUCUGCUCACACACAUUCCUGCUUGACUGUCUGUUUUUGUAAGAAGAAGAAGAAGAAGAUGAUGUGGCUCAGACUUGUUACCACUUUCUAGUUCUGGUGCUAGUACACGUACCUAGUACCUUGUUUUAUUGUGCCUGCUUGGGCAUACAAAAUAGAUCAACAUCUAGUGUUUCCUCUUCUUUUCCCGUCUUACCAUUAGCUUGUUUACAACAAUCCUGCUCUAACUGUAAAUCCCAACGCUUUGAUUCCGGAACUGUCAAAGGUACUAAGUCCCAGGAACUUUGUGAUCAAUGCGAUCGGAGUAGGGCCUUGGGUUGCAGGCGUCAUACAGCUUCUGAUCCCGGCUGUCGUCCAUCGCGAGCAGGAUAGGCUCAAUUUCACACUCGCUUCCCUCCUGAAUGUAUAGUAUGGCUUAUAUAUAAUAUUGCUCUUCUAAAUUUAAAAGGUACAACAUAACUGAAUGACCUCAUAUCUACUUGACCGCGUGGUAAACGAGGGGCCAUUACAUGACAUGAGCACUUUUGAUUUUGAUGCACACACGGGAUGGUUCUUUGGUUGCGUAGAAUCAAUUCGAGUUUUGAUUCAUUCUGUUGGAAGGUUGUCCAAAAAUAGAACCGAACUCAUUUGAAAGACACAACGUUGAUAGCCCUCUAGCUACCACAGACACUCUUUCUCUUUCUAACAUUUCGUCGCUACCGCCGUUGUCAUUCGCGCGCUUCAGAGAAGCAAGUGUGCGCAUGACAUUUGUUGUCCGGGGAAUUGUCCCUCGUGCCUCUACUUCCAAAGGCAGUCUCCGAUGCAACUAUUCAUUGAUGGUGAAUACGAAAAACUAUGGGAGGAUACGAAGUACCACACGUGCCAAUCUAUGGAAGGAUGGAAAGAAUCGUUGAAAUGGAUGAAGGAGAGGCUGGGUAAAGGCGAGCUGUCUACUCUACUGAGUCCGCGUGCUGACUUGCUGCUGUCGAGUUUGUUUCUCAAAAGUGGUGGCACCUCCAUGGCAGAGAAGACGGAAGAACAGGAAGACACUGGCAGACGCACCUUUCUCUUUCGAACAGGGGAUAGUGGCAGGUACAAUUAUUCAGUGACAAUAGGUGCUAAAAAAACUGAGAUGAAAGUCGGCGAAUCUUGUGGUGGUGCUGCUGUUGGUGCUGGUGCUAGUGGUCAAGACAAAAGCACUGGUGGAGGUAGUGGUAGUGGAGCAUCAACAGCAUCGUCAUCGUCACCGCCAAGUGGAGAACAAAGUAAAACCUUAAUAGGGAGAGUGAAAGUGCCAGCUGCUGCUGCAGAGACACGACCCGGUCGAAGAGGGAUGCAAAAAGCCCUCAAAAGGUUUGAGAAGAAAGGCAAAGGAUUGAUAAAACGAGCGGAAAACGAUGCACAACGAAAAAAAGAAGAAGAGAGAAGCGCGCCAAAGAUGAUUUAUGGGAGGAAAUCAGUCAGGUCUUGUUGUAGGUAAUAACUUCAAACAUGGACGACGAACUUGCGUUUUUUUAGUUCCACUUCUUUGUAGGUCAUAACUUCAAACAUGGACGACGAACUUGCGUUUUUUUUGUUCCACUCAAAACUCUAUCCUACCCUUUCCUACCUCCACUUCUAACCCCUCGACCGUGAGCAUUGGCGCAAUGCUGAACCGAGUGCUCGAAAGGCAUAUCGGAAAGCGGAAUGCGCGACCAAAAAGGCUUUCUAUCGUCAGAUGCUGUUUUUUCCUGCCAUGUGGAUUUUGAUUAUGACAGAUAAUCUUGCUUGACUGGUUUUCUUUUUCAGCAAGAAGGUGAAGGGGACAAAAGCAUCGAGGAUGAAGGCAUGCUAGUCUAGCACAAACUACGUACAGAUGCAGCAAUCUACUCACCACAAAAUAACUAUCUCCUUCUAAUCCAUAAGGUGUAAAAGACCGAAUGGACCCGUUCAACGAAAGCAAGCUAAAUCCCGAGAUGCGGGAAAUACUACAGAUGAUGCAAAUGGAAAUCAGGUGUAUGGAAGAGCCAAACGAACAGCACUACCAAGAUGCGAAAGGCGGAUGCAACUCCUUGGAUGAGCUUUUGAGGGAAAAGAUUUAUCAUUUAGCAGGUACGGGAGAAGGCUCGGCUCCUUCUGGUGGAGUAGAUCAUGGCGAAGGGUCGCGAAGAAGUCGGGAAGCAGAAGAAGGAGGUCCUGACUCUCCUUCUUGGCCAGAUUUCUUUUGUCGUGUAGAGAAGUAUAUGAAUCAGCACGUGCUUGAUGUAGAGGGAGAAGUAGAUGGAUCUCAAGUUCAAGAAGGUUUCUUGGGCCACGGCGAAGGCACUGACGUUGACAUGAAGGAAGGCGAAAGCACUGACGUUUGACAUUCUAGGAGAAGAAGGUCUCGAAUAAGCUGCAGAAGAAGUAGACUCAACAAAAGACGAUGUUGACGUGAAGAAGGAGGAUGAUUCGACUGGAAGUUCACCACUACUAGAGGUGGAAGGAGACCUUCGUGGAAGAAACUCUUCUAUACGUACGCGUUGGUCGUAGACUGCCUACUAGUAGAGUCUAGCCCUACCGUGUGAGAUGCAAUUUUGCUGAUUUCAUUUCAGCAUGUUGUAACUUCUGGAUGAAAAAAAGUCAUGGGAAAAAUAAGUGUAACAAUAAUUUCAAUGGUGCCACUAAUACCUGCGGGAUAGGGUACGUAAGUAAGCAGAUUCAAUAAAAACAUCGAAAGAGGGCAGCUAACGCAAUUUAGAUCAAUCUUUUUAAUAGGGCCAAUAGGUAUUUAAUGCCUAAGAAUAUGGUUUCUGAUUAAUAGACUCGUUUCAUCGUGCUUACAUGGAGACGUGACUCUUCACGUGGAGCACGCUCCAGAGCAGUACUAGUCGAUUAGGGAAAGCAAAAGAAUAUCUUACUAUGUAGUCGGUUAGCGAAUGCAAAAAGUCUAGAUGGUCGAGGAAAGAUCAAUGCAUCUUAGGUUUCUUAUCCGCAGGCGCACCUCGCGGACCACAACCUAACCUAACCUAGCAGUAUCCGAGUGGUCAUUCUGCAUUAUAGUUAGCAAUCAUAAGAACGCAUUAUUGCACAACGACAAAUGUAACACGGCUUCUUUUCAUUUGUAGGCUCAUUUGGGACACAACAGAAGCUACAACAAAAUUAUGUGCCGUAAGAAGAAAGACCUGUUGUGUGUAAGAAGAGUGAGUGCAACUGAGAGAAUAACCUUGAAAACGCCAGGAAUCUUGUCCUUGAUAAACGCUGCCAAAAAUAUUAGCUGGUGAAAUACGGAGUGCGCGCCACCGUUAAAGAUUAGG